AUGCACAGCUUUGCCAGCUCCAUCGAUGAGUGCUCUAGACGGCAGCUACAUAUACCCCGUGCUCCUCGUUCCAUAGCUCACCAAGCAGCCCGAUCCACCACUCCACUCCACUCCACUCCUGUGCCUCAGAGUUCAUCAAGUACUCGUCAGGUACCAGGUAAAAUGGAUGCCCAGAACAAGGAGGUCGACGCCCUGGUCCAUAAGAUCACCGGCCUCCACGCCGCCAUCGCCAAGCUGCCGUCCCUCAGCCCAUCCCCCGAUGUCGACGCGCUCUUCACCGACCUGGUCACCGUGUGCGUGCCCCCGAGCCCCGUGGACGUGACCAAGCUCGGCCCGGAGGCGCAGGAGAUGCGGGAGGGCCUCAUCCGCCUCUGCUCCGAGGCCGAGGGGAAGCUGGAGGCGCACUACUCCUACAUGCUCGCCGCCUUCGACAACCCGCUCGACCACCUCGGCAUCUUCCCCUACUACAGCAACUACAUCAACCUCAGCAAGCUCGAGUACGAGCUCCUGGCGCGCUACGUGCCCGGCGGCAUCGCCCCGGCCCGCGUCGCCUUCAUCGGCUCCGGCCCGCUGCCGUUCAGCUCCUACGUCCUCGCCGCCCGCCACCUGCCCGACACCAUGUUCGACAACUACGACCUGUGCGGCGCGGCCAACGACCGCGCGAGCAAGCUGUUCCGCGCCGACAAGGACGUGGGCGCCCGCAUGUCUUUCCACACCGCCGACGUCGCGGACCUCGCGCACCUCGGCGCGCAUAUGGCGGACGGGGCGGCCCUCGUCGUGCGCAGCGCGCACGGCGCGCGUGGGUUCCUGUACCCGAUCGUCGAUCCCCAGGACAUCGGUCGCGGCGGGUUCGAGGUGCUGGCCGUGUGUCACCCCGACGACGACGUGGUGAACUCCGUCAUCAUCGCACAGAAGUCCAAGGACAUGCAUGCCAAUGAACACCGCAACGGGCGUGGUGGACAGUACGCACGGUGCACAGUGCCGGUGGUCAGCCCGCCGUGCAGGUUCGGCGAGAUGGUGGCGGAUGCGACCCAGAAGAGAAAGGAGUUCGCCAACGCCGAAGUGGCCUUCUGA